AUGCAAAACUUGAGGAAAAUCGGAGCACUUUUUGUCAUGAAAUUACUAAAUAGUUUACAAGGUCCUCAUGAAAAACGACUGUUAAAUCAUUUAUUAGCAACAUACAAUACGCUAGAGCGUCCUGUUGCAAAUGAAUCAGAAGCCCUAGAGGUAAAGUUUGGGCUGACUUUGCAGCAAAUUAUAGAUGUGGAUGAGAAGAAUCAGAUUCUAACCACAAACGCGUGGUUAAAUUUGGACGAGAAGAAUCAACUACUUAUUACCAAUAUUUGGCUUUCUUUGGAGUGGAAUGACUAUAAUUUGAGGUGGAAUGACUCAGAAUACGGAGGAGUAAGAGAUCUAAGGAUAACGCCCAACAAGCUAUGGAAACCAGAUGUAUUAAUGUACAAUAGCGCGGAUGAGGGUUUCGAUGGUACAUACCACACGAAUAUUGUGGUGAAAAAUAACGGAAGCUGUUUGUACGUACCACCAGGGAUUUUUAAAAGCACCUGUAAAAUAGACAUAACCUGGUUCCCAUUCGAUGAUCAACAUUGUGAGAUGAAAUUCGGCAGCUGGACGUAUGAUGGAAAUCAGCUGGAUCUGGUGUUGAAUUCCGAGGAUGGCGGUGAUCUUUCUGAUUUCAUAACCAACGGUGAAUGGUAUUUGAUAGGGAUGCCAGGAAAAAAAAAUACUAUAACAUAUCAAUGCUGCCCCGAGCCGUACGUUGAUAUAACGUUUACUAUACAGAUUCGUAGAAGAACACUAUACUAUUUUUUCAACUUAAUUGUACCAUGUGUCUUAAUUUCAUCAAUGGCUCUACUCGGUUUUACGCUUCCACCGGACUCUGGAGAAAAACUAACCUUAGGCGUAACUAUACUACUAUCAUUAACUGUAUUCCUGAACUUAGUGGCGGAGACAUUACCUCAAGUAUCUGAUGCAAUUCCGUUAUUAGGAACGUAUUUCAAUUGCAUUAUGUUUAUGGUUGCCUCGUCGGUAGUGCUAACCGUGGUAGUGUUGAACUACCAUCAUAGAACAGCUGAUAUACAUGAAAUGCCUCCAUGGAUCAAAUCAGUUUUCCUCCAAUGGCUGCCUUGGAUUUUACGAAUGGGAAGACCUGGUAAAAAAAUUACUCGGAAAACAAUUUUCUUAUCAAACAGAAUGAAAGAACUCGAGCUGAAGGAAAGGUCAUCCAAAUCCCUAUUGGCGAAUGUACUAGAUAUUGAGGACGAUUUUAGACAUACUGGUGGGAUCACUGGUUCAACUACGGCCAUUAGUACAUCUGGAUUUUCCAGGCCAACUACUGUUGAAGAGCACCACUCCAUAUCAGGCUGCUCUCACAAAGAUUUACAUUAUAUUCUGAAGGAAUUGCAAUUUAUAACGAAUCGUAUGAGGAAAGCUGACGAAGAAGCAGAACUAAUCAGUGAUUGGAAGUUCGCUGCAAUGGUUGUUGACAGAUUCUGCCUUUUUGUAUUCACGUUAUUUACGAUUAUUGCUACAGUCACUGUGUUACUAUCGGCUCCACAUAUAAUAGUGCAAUAA